ACCAAUCACAGAUGAUGAUGACAUUCCGCAACCAUAAAAUAAAAUGGCCGCCCAAUAUAAGGUAGACUCACUUCCCGUUUUAUUUCACCCAAUCCUUCCCCUUAAUGAGUGGGCGUUUAGGCCACGCCCACUUCCUUGUCAUAACUCCUUCUCAAUUCCCCCUGGCCCCCCUAAACAGAUGAGGUUGAUGACAACUACUGACCUCACCAGUAUGUAUACAAGAUCAUCUUUGUUGUCUUUAAGAUCCAAAAGUGUACUUUAAGUUGUGAUAGGAUGCUAAUACAUCAGAUGAAAGAUAGUAUUUGUUCUUUAUGAGUCAAACAUGAUGACAUGCAUCUUUUUCAGCCUUUGUGAGAUGUGUUAUUUACACUGAAUGUGCUUUGCUGCUGUCAGAGUCAGAGAAUCCUACUGAGUCUUCUGUGCUGCAAGCUUCUGUACAACAGUCCAAUGAUGACGUCUGUGCUGUGGUAUUUGGUGUCAGUGCUGGCAUUUUGCACCACGAGCCUAGUUUGUGCUUUUGGGAUCAGCGCCGACAAGACUUCCUAUUACGCACUCAAAGGAUCGAGCGUCAUUCUUGACUGCAAGUCCACACGUCCCUCUAUCUUCUUAAAGUGCUCGGUAGUUUAUUGGGAAUUUCUAAUUCCCAAAGAAGGCGCCAAGAUAUUUUUAUUGAUGGAUCACGGCCAAAUGUAUGUUGCGCACAAACCUUUGAAGGACAGGGUUAAGUUCACUUCUCCCAACCCUUGUGAUGGAGAUGCUUCCAUAAGGAUCACCGACCUGCGUAUGUCAGACACGGGGAAGUACGCGUGCAACUUGAGAGAGAAUGCUCGAUAUUUUUGGAAAAACAUGACCCUGACAGUCAUGGAGGAGCUGAGCACACCGGUAUGUGCCGUGCAAGGAGAGCCUGUGGCAGGUAAUGUUGUGACGCUCCAAUGCACAUCCUCACAAGGCACACCCCCGCUGAAGUACAGCUGGACAAAGACGAGUGGAAACCAGAUGUUACCUCCUAACUCCACCGAGGACACCUCAGGAGGGACCUUGUUGGUCAACAGGCUCUCAGAGGACGACUGCGGAAGUUAUCUCUGCACGGUGGAAAGUCUGAAUGAUACCAAACACUGUGAGAUCCUACUUGAGUGUCCAUCCUCACCUCCGACCACAAGCGAUGCAACCAAACACAAUGAGGUCCUACCAAAGAGUCUAUGGUCACCAUUAGCGACGAGCAAUGGAAAUCAAGUUGUCAUAGCAGCGGCAGCGACUAUCAUUGUUCUCCUAUCUCUGGCCAUUGUCUUUGCUCUCAGUCAUUUGGGUGUUGCGCAAAAGAAAUAGUGGCAAGGUUGCUAUAAAAACGCCAUUUAGUGGCGUCCCCUCUUCAAAGUGGUCUUUCGGUGAGGGACAAGCUGUAUGAAACGGAGAUUACAUUAUUGUGUACUAAUUAGUACAAUACAACUUUAAAAAACAUUGUGUGUGCUGCGUUGAUAGCAUCAUAGUACAGCACACACAAAGAUCGUAACUGCUCAAUAUCUGAUGUUUUGUCUUUGUGUUCUUUUAAAUAUUAAUAAAAUACACUAUAUUACCAAAAGUAUUUGGCCACCUGCCUUGACUCACAUAUGAGAAGUGCCAUCCCAUUCCUAACCCAUAGGGUUCAAUAUGAUGUCGGUCCACCUUUUGCAGCUAUUACAGCUUCAACUCUUCUGGGAAGGCUGUCCACAAGGUCGCGGAGUGUGUUUUUAGGAAUUUUCCACCAUUCUUCCAAAAGCGCAUUGGUGAGGUCACACACUGAUGUCGGUGGAGAAGGCCUGGCUCUGUCUCCGUUCUAACUCAUCCCAAAGGUGUUCUAUCGGGUUCAGGUCAGAACUCUGUACAGGCCAGUCAAGUUCAUCCACACCAGACUCUUGUCAUCUAUGUCUUUACGGACCUUGCUUUGUGCACUGGUGCACAGUCAUGUUGGAAGAGGAAGGGGCCCGCUCCAAACUGUUCCCACAAGGUUGGGAGCAUGGAAUUGUCCAAAAUGUUUUGGUAUCCUGGAGCAUUCAAAGUUCCUUUCACUGGAACUAAGGGGCCAAGCCCAACUCCUGAAAAACAACAACAACCGCACCAUCAUUUCUCCUCCACCAAAUUUCACACUCUGCACAAUGCAGUCCAAAAUGUAGCGUUCUCCUGGCAACCUCCAAACCCAGACUCGUCCAUCAGAUUGACAGAUAGAAAAGUCCAGUGGCGACGUGCUUUACACCACUGCAUCCCACGCUUUGCAUUGGACUUGGGGAUGUACGGCUUAGAUGCAGCUGCUCGGCCAUGGAAACCCAUUCCAUGAAGCUCUCUGCGUACUUUACGUGGGCUAAGUGGAAGGUCGCAUGAAGUUUGGAGCUCUGUAGCAACUGACUGUGCAGAAAGUCUUUGGACUAUUCGCUUCAGCACCCGCUGACCCCUCUCUGUCAGUUUACACAUGGCCUACCACUUGGUGGCUGAGUUGCUGUUGUUCCCAAACUCUUCCAUUUUCUUAUAAUAAAGCCCACAGUUGACUUUGGAAUAUUUAGGAGCGAGGAAAUUUCACGACUGGAUUUGUUGCACAGGUGGCAUCCUAUGACAGUUCCACGCUGGAAAUCACUGAGAGCGGCCCAUUCUUUCACAAAUGUUUGUAGAAACAGUCUCCAUGCCUAAGUGCUUGAUUUUAUACACCUGUGAUUAGGACACCUGUUUCUGAUCAUUUGGAUGAGUGGCCAAAUACUUCUGGCAAUAUAGUGUAUUUGUGUGUACCAGCUUUAAGGUAGACCAGGAGUGUCAAACGUACGGCCCGAGAGAUGAGUUUGCAAAGUAAAAAACACUUCGUACUUAACGCUGAUUUUUAGUGAUAGUAUAAGAAAUGUGGAUGGUUACGUUCAUGCCUUGAUUGUCAAAGAUGAUGCUGGUAACGUCGUUUAUACUCAAA